CUUAGAGCAAUUGAACUUUAACAAAAUGGAGCAUCACUUUGUCAUUCUUUUGAUCGUUUCCCUAAUGGGAAAUGGUUAUUUUUUGGGACUUUCAGAGGCACAAACUUUUACCGCCCAGGAUCGUAACUCUAUACAGAAGUUUAUGGACUCUCUGAUCAGUUUUUUGGAACUGGAAGCGAGUAAUGUAACUACCAGCACUACAUUAGCACCCUCUUCGAAUGGCACUAGUUUGGAGACCACUUCCCUGGCAGCUGGAAAUUCCACUGAAGUAACAACCGAGGUUUCGAGAACUUCCACUAACUCCACAUCGAGUGUUUUGGAUAGUACCACAUCGAGUGUUUUGGAUAGUACCACUUCGAGUGUUUUGACUACCUCGACUUCCAGUUUAAAUUCCACAACGGUGGCUAACACAACUACGACUAUAAGCACCACCACAUCCCAACCCACAACCAUUAGAACAAGGAUUUGCUUUAAGCGUUUCUGCUAUAAGUUCAGCAACGAUAAGGGUUAUAUAGUCUAAA